CUGGCAUGGCGCACAUAGCACUGUUCAUGGCGCUCAUGGCGGGACAUGCGCAGGCAUGGGACCCCAGCGCCCUGCCGCUCCCGCCCUCACCCUCCCCAAGGACUCCUGCAUUCGCUCCCUCCUUGCAGACCAGCCCAUCCUCCUCCUUCAGGACAUCGGCUUCCUCGAAAGGACCGUUUUGCUCCCUCUCCUCCUUCUCCGCUUCUCCCUCUGCUUCCUCUGCCUCAUCCAAAGGUCGCUUCUCUUCCCCAUCCCCGAAGUUUCAUUUCAACAUGCCUCAUGGCCUGUGGGGAGGAUUCGGGGCUGGGGUUGCACGUCCGUUGUCGGCAGGGAACCAGUUGCUAGUAAGGAGGAGAAGGGCAGGGUUGUCGAACGGAAUGAUGGUGGAGGAACGAUCGCAUCCGGACAUCAACGUGUUCGAAGAAGCUUGCGAACAAGGAGAGCAUAACUUUCGCAAGGUUGUGAUGGAGGUCGACAUCGAUGGGAACAAGCUGCGGCUGGAGAGCGGGGAAGUCGGCAGGCUUGCAGCAGGGGCCGUUAUGGCGAAGCAAAGGGACUCGAUCGUUUACUCGACGGCCUGCGGAGACCUCAACCUGGACAAGGAGGAAGUAGUGGAAGACUUCGUCCCUCUCUCCGUCCAUUACCAAGAGCGUUCGUCCGCAGCAGGGAAGACGAGCGGAGGUUACAUCAAGAGGGACGGAAGGCCCUCGGACGAGGAGGUUCUAACUGCGAGGAUCAUUGACCGUACUCUCCGUCCUCUCUUCCCUCCUGGCUUCUGCAGAGAAGUCCAGGUCCUCUCCUGGGUCCUUGCCUACGACCCGCAAGCCAACGUCGACCCGCUGGCGCUGAUUUCGUCGUCAGCCGCGCUGCUGGCCAGUCCGAUCCCUUUCGACACGCCAGUGGCAGGCGUGUGCAUCGGGAUGGACGCCAAGGGCAAGUUUGUGAUCAACCCGACGAGAGAAGCGCUCAAGACCUCCCGCCUGAACCUCUUCGUGUCCGGGACCGAGGAGUCGGUCAUGAUGAUCGAGGGCGCCGCCGACUUCUUGAGCGACGAGCAGAUGGUGGAGGCGAUCGAGCUGGGAAUGAAGGCCAUCAAGAAGAUCUGCAUCGGGCUCAGGCUCUUCGCCGCCAAGACCCUCGAGGCUCGCAAGGAAGUCUCUCUGCGGGAGCUGAUCCGCCAGCCCGACGAGUCGCUCUUCGAGCAGUUCGAGGAGCACCUCGGGGAGGCCAUGGUGAGCGCGAUCUGUACCGGCAGCUCGUCUAAGCGGGAUGUGUACACCGCCAUCUUCGGGCUCGAGGACGAGGCCAAGAGGAUUUUUCUGGAGGGCAAGGAGGACCUGCCGCCUGGGUACGCGAUCGACGUCAAGACGACGUUCAAGCGCUUUGCGGCCGAGAAGAUGCGUCAGUUUGCCAAGGAGAAAGAUCAGCGAGUAGACGGCAGGACAACCCGGCAGGUCCGUCCCAUCAGCGUCAGGAUGUCGCCGCUCGCUCCUGCUGUUCAUGGCUCGUCGCUCUUCACCCGAGGUGAGACACAGGCGCUCGCGACGGUGACACUCGGAGACAGCGGGAGCAGGCAGCGAUCGGAGGGGUUGGACGGAGAGGAGAGCAAACGCUUCUACCUGCAGUACUCGUUCCCGCCUUCCUCUGUGGGGGAGUGCGGAAGAGUGGGAGCGAUAGGGCGGAGAGAGAUCGGGCACGGGAACCUUGCUGAGAGAGGUCUCCUCCCAGUCAUCCCGAGCGAGGACGACUUUCCCUACACCAUCCGCGUAGAGUCUCUCAUCACCGAGAGCUGCGGCAGCUCGUCCAUGGCCUCAGUGUGCGGGGGCUGCCUCGCCCUCUUCGAUGCUGGUGUGCCGCUCAAGCGCCCAGUCGCCGGGGUAGCGAUGGGCCUGCUGCUGCCGGAGAACCUCAAGAGAGGAAACGAGGAGAACAAGGAGGCGAUCAUGAGGAAGAUGGAGGAGGAGGCAGUCAUCCUGACCGACAUCCUCGGCCUCGAGGACUCGCUGGGUACCAUGGACUUCAAGGUCUGCGGAGACGCCAAGGGCAUCACGGCCUUCCAGCUAGACAUCAAGUGCGAGGGCCUCAGCGUCAACCUCCUCAAGUCGGCGCUAGCGCAGGCAAGAGAAGGAAGAGUCCACAUGCUCGUCCACAUGCUCAAGGCCCAGGCAAAGCCCCGGCCCGAGCUCGCUCCCUCCGUGCCGAAGCUAGUCCGGUUCUCAGUGCCUUUGGUGGCCAUCGGGAAGAUCAUCGGGCCCGGAGGGACAACGAUCAGGAGCCUGAUCGAGGAAUUCAAGCUGACCAACAUCGACAUUGUCGAGACCAAGUCCGAGGGCGUCGUGACCAUCACAGCCCUGAGCUCCGACAACAUCGCCAAGGCCGAAGACAAGGUCCGCUUCCUUGCCCAGGAGGCCAACAACUUCUCGCCUUCUUCCACCGCCACCCUGAAAAAGAAGGCGGCGGACCCGGAAGUGGGGAAGGUCUACAAGGACUGCACGAUAGUGGGAGUGCAUCCCUUCGGCUGCUUCGUGGAGCUGUGGCCGGGGAAGGAGGGGCUGGUGCACGUGUCGGAGCUUGACAAGGAGCGGAUCGACAGCGUUGAGUUGCGUUUCAAGAUCGGAGAGAAGAUGGACGUCAAAGUCCUUGCCCUCCGCGACCAGAAGGGGAAGAUCCGCCUCUCGCGCAAGGCUGUGCUGGAGAGAGGAGGAGGAGGAGGAGGAGAGGGGGGGGUGGGGAGGGGGGGGGAGGACGAGGGGAAGAAGGAAGAGAUGUGGCCGUCAAUGACUGAUAGGAAGAAGUAG